CCCUGAGGCUGCAGGUGUUUAAGGAGAGGUCAGCUGGGAGGCAGCUAACCACAGCAAAUGCAAGAGGUCUACCACAAACAAGAAAAAGGUGUAUUGCUGAAAAUCAAGAUGGAGUCUGAUUCAAGGCCGCCGCCAUAUUAUGAAAACUAUGCCUAUCAGCCAGAAAAUGUGGCUUCUUCAAGGCAUGGUGGUGGUUACACAUAUCCAUCUUACAUGUCUCCAUAUUAUACUCCAUCAGUGCCACAUUAUAUACCAAGAGUUUCCACUUACCACUCAACUCCAGUGCCAACAGUAGUACAGCCAAAGUCUUCAUCUACAAAAUGCACGCCAAAAAUCAGGAAAUGUGUGUGUCUCUGUCUAGCAAUUUCAAUAUUACUAAUCGGAGCGGGGAUUGGUGCUUUUCUCAUUUGGUAUUUUGUAACAGACAGUUGUUCUGGCUCCAAGAUAAGGUGUGGUACAACAGGAAUAUGCGUGACACCAUCUGAGUGGUGUGAUGGAAUACGAAACUGCCCUAAUGGUGAAGAUGAAAAUCGUUGUGACUUUUCGGACCUGAAUUUCUCCUGGAAGUCUAUUCAUCUGAAAGCAAAGACUGGUACCCUGUAUGCUAUGAUGACUGGAAUGAUCAACAUGGGAAGACAGCCUGUGAAGAUAUGGGAUAUAACUCGUAAGCAUGAUAAUACAUUCAUUAUAGUAAUGAACACAUAUGUCAGCAGCCAGGCAGUACCAUUCAUGGAUGCAUCUAAAGGCUUUAUGAAGCUGAAUUUAAGUGCUGGGCAUAUAGACCUGUAUAAGAAACUAUAUAACAGUAAUUGGUGUUCAUCAAUACGUCUGGUAUCUCUGCGAUGCAUAGACUGUGGCAAGUCCACUAAGCGUUUAAAAUCUCGAAACAGAAUUGUGGGAGGAACGUCUGCCUCCCUUGGAGAUUGGCCCUGGCAAGUCAGCCUUCAGGUCUAUGGUACCCAUCUGUGUGGAGGGUCCAUUAUCACUCCUGAAUGGAUUGUAACAGCAGCUCACUGUGUAGAUGGCACAUAUUCUGCUCCACACUAUUGGAAUGUUUUUGCUGGAAUUUUGAGACAGCCAGAAAUGAUUUAUUCAAAGGGACAUAGAGUAGAGAAAGUAAUUCCACACCCAAACUAUGAUUCAUCUUCUAAAACAAAUGACAUUGCCCUUAUGAAGUUACAGUCUCCUCUCAUUUUUGACGAAUUUAUUCGACCGGUUUGUUUGCCCAAUCCUGGAAUGAUGUUUCAGCCUGGCCAACAGUGUUGGAUAUCUGGAUGGGGAGCAUUGCGCCAAGGAGGUAACACUUCGAAAGUACUGAAUGCAGCAGUUGUACCACUGAUAGAUCCUGAUAUAUGUAAUGACAAAUACAUCUACAAUGGACACAUCUUGCCAACCAUGAUUUGUGCUGGCUAUCUAAAAGGAAAAGUGGAUUCUUGUCAGGGUGACAGUGGUGGUCCAUUGGUAACUUACAGGAAAAGUUUGUGGUGGUUAGUUGGCGACACAAGUUGGGGAACAGGCUGUGCUACUCAGUAUAGACCUGGAGUUUAUGGUAAUGUGACUGUGUUCACAGAGUGGAUUUACAGAAAUAUGCAGGCAAACAGACGAUGAUAAUACUUCUCUGCCAUUUGUCACCAUGCGGAAUGAUUGCAAUGAUUUUUUUUGAAUUGCUUCAGUCAGUGAUGGAUUGAAUUACUUUUUUGGUGUUUAUUUUUAAUUCCUGUACUAAGUGCCUUUUUUUAAAAAGAAAAAAAUGACUUCUUGGGUCCUCAACACUUCAUAUAACCUGAAUCUGUAUGAAUAUUUUGAUGCCAUUUGCACUGUAUUGACUUCAUAUCAAGUGGAUUAUCAUCUCUAAUGAGGAGCUAACAGUCAGGUGGCUAACAUUCCUUUUAUCAGAUACUUGCUGAUUUCCUUUGUAAGGAUUCUCAGCCAGUUUUUAAGAUAUAUUUUUAAAAGAGAUACAUUUGUACAUUGCCAUUUCUACCUUUGUCUAUAGAAUGCAAGCGUAACUGUUGCUGUGUUCUUGAUGCUAAUUUUUAGUAUAUACGAUAUGAACAUCUGGGCUGCUGGCUAGCCCAGUUCUCCAAGGAUGGAGGAAAUCACAUAAUGAACAUCUCGAUCUAACAUAAGGGUGAGAAUCCAGUUGGUGACAUAUGCUGGAGUAAUCAUUUAUUAUGCCAGAAGAUUUCCUUCAGUCUGUUGGAAGGAAGUAUAUAGUACCUCCUUGCACAAUAAAACCCCAAGUGCAAUCCUAGUGUCAAGGUUGCCAGAUCACACUCUCAUAGACAAUCAGUAACUGGAGAGUGGGGAACCAGGCGGCAACUGACCUGGAGAAAAGGAUUAAUCAUUUCACUCUCAGACUUCCAACAUACUCAUUGGAGGUCUGGGGGGGGAUAGUGGCUACCUUUUUCUGAGUGGUGCAGCUGCAGCCAAAGGUACUUGAAAACUCCCCAACCACUGAUUGGUUGAGGAAGUGUGCACUGGCACCUUCAAGAUGAAGCAGCAGAAACCUGGCAGAGGUAUGCUGGCAUAGUUUUCCACUCUAGCAGUGGAAUGUUACUGCUAGGUGAAAAAAAUCACAUAUAUUUGGAUGCCUAUAAUUCCUUAUGCUCUUUUUAGGUGUUAACCAAUUUUGAAUUGAAUUGAAUCCACUCUUUUCCCCAAUAUGCAUAUAACCAAUGAAUCUGUCAGCUCUAAAUACUCAGUAAAUGAAAAUUAUGGAAAACUUGACUGUGGAAAGUACAAAUAACCACUUAAACCUUUGACUACCUCAUUUUGUAAGAUAUUUGCAGAACCUGUUUGUAUUAAGCAUGAAAAUAUCUGUCUUGUUUUUUAAAUUAAUAUAUUUAUAUAGAUUGAUGGUUUUAAAUAUGAAGGUAGAAGAAAUAAGUAAUGAUUAUAGAUAAAUUGGAUCAACAAUUUUAUUCCUCUGAUUUCUAUGGAUAAAAUAAUUUAAAAGCUGCUAAAGAAUGCACUUUCAAAAAUAUGUUUGUUGCAGAAACAUCUGUUUCAGGUUUUGCAAAUGCAGUAAGUUAUAUAUUCAUAUUUCUUGAAUGAUUAUUUCAAUCAAACACAUGGAUUUUGCAGAAUUGUUAAUUAGUUAUGGCAUUGCUUUUAAGUAGUCAAAGUUUGUUGUUUCUUAGCUUCAAAAAUGAAACACAACAUGCCUCUUUUACAAAUGACAAUAAACUUUUUACAAUUUCUUGGAUUUCUCUGGCUAAUUCAUAUUUCCUAAGUGCUCAUUUUUGGUCAAACCUACCUGGGGCUAAAAUCCGGUAUCAGGGUGGGAAUCAUAUGGUCCUGAAGAUGCUUUUGGUCUGCAUGCCAGUGGCGAGGAACAGUGGGACAUGGAGUCCAACAUUCUCUGAAAGCUGGAUAAUUCUCAUAUUCUGUUUUGUUAACUGCUGUCAACCUCCACUUAUGGUGACCCCAUGAAUGAGCAACCUCCAAAUCACUCUGUCAUAAACAGCCCUCUUCAGCUCUUGCUGAACAGAACUGAGAAGUCUCUCACCCGUGCCAUUGCUACAGCAAAUGCUGGUGUGGGCAAGAAGCUUCUUGGUCACUACUCAACCUGCUUCUAAGAUUGCAGCUCCAAAAGUGACCAGGUUGAAAAGGUCAAGCUUCACCCUGGUGAGGAAGGACUCUCAAUCCUUUUUUGCUAGGGUGGAAAAGGACACAGCCACGGUGUGUGUUGGGGGUUUACAGAGACCAUGUGCCCUGGACUAGAGACUGCCACUGACAGGGAAAGGGAGAGAUUUAAAUUACAAGAGCAGCUCCAAGGUGAAUGACUCUCCAGGAAUUGACUUGAUACUCCUCCCUCUCCUUCACCAGAGACAUGUCUUCCCUACACAGCUUCAAGUGUCCUCCUCCACCAUACACAUACCACAAACAUUGCUUCUGUUAAUUCUUCUUGCAGCUUUAGCCUGCCAGCCAAGUCUCAACAAAACACACAAAGCUUAAACUGUUGGAAUAUUCCUUUAAAUUGUGUAGAAAAUAUUUGGACUUACAGGAUGUAUUCAUAUCCUGUGAAACUAUCCUAAAAAUGCUGAGUCAGAGCACAUGACAUGAUGCAUGUUACUGCAAAAGAUUGCAUUAUGCUGUGGGGCAAAGGAUGAGGAGUCACAUCCAUCACACUAUAUAAGUGUACUGAGAGACAGAUCAUAUUGUGGACUGGAGUGGUUGGUGAUUUUGGAUUGUGGAGUUGUGUAGUUUGGAGCUGUAUGCUGAGUUACAACAGGCAGCAAAGUUGAUGGAAGUCAGUGAGGAGAGCUUAAAUACAGUGCACCCUUGGCUUACGCAGGGGAUCCGUUCCGGACCCCCCCCCCCCCCCCGUAAGCCAAAUUCCAC